AUGCCUCCACGUUGUUCAACUGUGCAAGGCACGUUGACGCCAUUUCUGUACCCAUUCCUAUUUUCGAAGACAUCUAGGUUGAUGCACCGAAAUCCUCGAAUAUACAUCAACGCAGUCCGGAGACAAAGUACCUUAUCUGAAGAACUCGCCGCCGAAUCUCCGGCCGAAGAAUUUGACCGAUUGAAUCCUCCUCCCUCUGAUUAUUCUCGAACAAUAUUCGCGGAUAAAGCAAAGAUAGAUGUCUUUGCAGGGGCUGGUGGACAUGGAUGUAUUUCUUUUCUGCGAGAGAAGUACAUAGCUGCGGGACCUGCGAACGGAGGCGAUGGGGGUACUGGUGGAAACAUUUAUAUACAGGCUGUGAGGGGAGAAACAAGUCUACAUAAACUUGCAAGAAGGAGGAAUUUAAAAGCUGGCAGGGGAAAAAAUGGUCAAGGAAAAACGAAAGGUGGAGAGAGGGGCACUGAUAUUAUCAUUGAAGUUCCUGUAGGUACUAUUGUGCGCGAGUUAGAUCGGCAUGAUCCUGCAGCCAUUGAGGAGGAUAGGAUAAAGAUGGAGGCAGGCAAAUUGGAUGGGCAUGAUUUAGAUGGACCUUAUAAAUGGGAUCGAGAAAGAUGGUUACUAUACCCAGCUAUUACACCUGAAGAGAUCGCUACUGCCGAGUUCCCUUCAUUACCCAAGGCAAGGAAGUCAAAUUUAGCUGCCGCACAAGUGAAGGGUCCUAUUUCCUUAGAUCUUUCCAUGCCUAUGGAACGACCCUUGCUCUUGGCCGCAGGUGCUGUAGGAGGUUUGGGAAAUCCACAUUUUGUCACAAAACAAGUACCAAGACCAAAAUUCGCGACCAAAGGUGAAUCUGGACUACGAAUUACAUUGGAGCUCGAACUUAAACUUCUCGCCGAUGUUGGACUCGUGGGGCUCCCUAAUGCUGGAAAGAGCACUUUACUACGAGCUAUGAGCAACAGCCGAACAAGAGUCGGAGACUGGGAGUUCACCACAUUGGAGCCGAAUAUUGGUACUGUAAUUAUUGAUGACAAUAAGGGAAGACCUUUGGCUCAAUCACAUUACGAAACUGGAGAACCAAGAACAAAUUUUACCAUUGCAGAUAUUCCUGGUUUGGUCGAAGAUGCCCAUUUGGAUCGAGGUCUUGGUAUAAGUUUCCUUCGACAUGUUGAACGAGCUCGAGUUCUCGCGUUCGUUGUGGAUCUUGGGAGAGGCAAUGCUGUCGAAGCUUUGAAAGGCCUAUGGAGAGAACUGGCUGAAUAUGAACGGAUGAAGAUUGAAGAGGAGAAAGAGAAGGCCAAUCCAGUUGUGGAAUGGACCCCCUUCACCUCUGUCGAAGAUGCAGUGGCAAAUCGAUCCGAAACAAUCGUGGUUAACAGUGGACCUACCUUUGAGAACCCCCUCGCACCUAAUCUCCCGUCAAUUUCCAACAAACCUUGGUUCGUCGUUGCUAGCAAAGCAGAUUUGCCUGGUACUCAGGACAACUUUCAACAGUUGAAAUCGUACUUGAGAGAAGUCGCAGCGGGAAAUGAGGAACAUCCUUCAAGACAGCAGAAUCCAUGGAAAGGAAAAGUACAGGCCAUCCCAAUCAGUGCAAUUAACGGACAUGGCGUUGAGAAGAUUACCGAAUGGACUGUCGGUCUUCUUGAUGGAUGA